CGAUCUGCCAGGCGGGCGAGCGCGUGCGGCUCCGUCAGCCUCCGGCACCCACCGCGGGGCUCGGUGGCCCCUGUGCAGCUGGGGACAGCUCCCCCCCCACCCACCACGGUGGGGACGAGCUUUUGGGAAGCCCCCCCACCCCCCCCACCCCGCGUCUCCUCGCUGUAGCAGGGCGCUUCAUGGAGGGCGAGGAGCUGCCCCCUGCCCCUCGGCAGGAACCGCCCGGAGGUGGUGGCACGGAGGGACGACAUUCCUCCUUCGGAGCCCGGCCCAGCGAGGGAUGCUCUGCCCCCGCCCCGCAGUGCCCGGCGGUGCUGGCGUGCAGCAGAGCCGGGGAGCCCGGCCAGCCUGGGAUCGUGUCCCCUUUCAAGCGAGUCUUCCUGAAGGGUGAAAAAGGCCGCGACAAAAAGGCCCAGGAGAAGGUUACGGAGAGGCGGCCUCUCCACACCGUCGUGGUGUCCCUGCCCGACCGCGUCGAGCCGGACGUCCUGCUGAACGACUACAUCGAGAAAGAAGUGAAGUAUUUAGGCCAGCUGACGUCCAUCCCGGGGUACCUGAACCCCUCCAGCCGCACCGAGAUCCUGCACCUGAUCGAUAACGCCAAGCGAGCACACCAGCUCCCGGGGCAGCUGACCCCCGAGCACGACGCCGUGAUCAGCCUGUCCGCCUACAACAUCAAGCUGGUGUGGCGGGACGGGGAGGAUCUCAUCCUCAGGGUCCCCAUCCACGACAUCGCGUCCGUCUCCUACAUCCGCGACGACUCGGCUCACUUGGUCGUGCUGAAAACAGCUCAGGACCCCGGGAUCUCCCCCAGCCAGAGUCUCUGUGCCGAGAGCUCCAAGGCGCUCACGUCGGGCUCGCUGUCGGAGAGCGGGGUGGUGCCCGUGGAGGCUUGCUGCUUGGUGGUGCUGGCUACGGAGAACAAAGUGACCGCGGAGGAGCUGUGCUCACUUCUCAGCCAAGUCUUCCAGAUUGUUUACACUGAGUCCACGAUCGACUUCUUAGACAGAGCAAUAUUCGAUGGGGCGUCCACGCCGACGCGGCACAUGUCCCUGCACAGCGAUGACUCUUCUACAAAAGUGGACGUGAAAGAACCUUACGAGACAGAAGCAAGCACUGUUUCCUUUCCAGAAGCCUUAGAAGCCGGUGACAACUCCCCCUCCUCCUUCCUGCCACAGCAGUCUCCCCACGUUAAGACCGUCAGCGAGAGCGAGCUGAGCACCACGGCGACGGAGCUGCUGCAGGACUACAUGAUGACGCUACGGACGAAGCUCUCGUCCCAAGAGAUCCAGCAGUUCGCCAUGCUCCUGCACGAGUACCGCAACGGGGCCUCCAUCCACGAGUUCUGCAUCAACCUGAAGCAGCUCUACGGGGACAGCAGGAAGUUCCUGCUCCUGGGCCUGCGGCCCUUCAUCCCCGAGAAGGACAGCCAACACUUCGAGAACUUCCUGGAGACCAUCGGGGUGAAGGACGGCCGCGGCAUCAUCACGGACAGCUUCGGGAGGUACCGGCGGACGCUGAGCACCACCUCCAACUCCACCACCAACGGCAACGGCGCCGCGGGCAGCUCGGACGACCAGUCCGUGCCCUCGGAGGAGGACGAGUGGGACCGCAUGAUCUCGCACAUCAGCAACGACAUCGAAGCCCUGGGGUGCAGCAUGGACCGCGACUCCUCCUGAGGGCGGCCCGCCCGAGGGACCCUCCGCUCCGGAAGAGGAUUUGGGGAUGGAGCAGGAUGGAAUCACUCUCCCGGCCUCUUCAACGGCUUCGCUGGCCCCAGAGGCCGUCCGCAGGAGGCUGCGCCCUCGUCCUGGGAGGGCGCGCGUGCCCACGGGUGCACUGCAGCGGGGGACCCGGGCAGGAGCCCGGCCUUCAGCCUUCCCUGGUGCAGUUCCGUCGCCGCGCGGGGAGCGGGGCCGGGAGAGAGCCCCGCGCCGAGACAAGCUGGCUGCAGCCCUCUCCCUCUCCCUGGUUUACAGUUUUGCACAUGGUGUCCCUCCUGUAACUGCUCUUCUCCUCCCCCCUGCCCCCCCCCCCCAGUUUCGAAUGAAGUUUACCACAAUGUGAAUUAUUUAAACCUCGCCUCCAUGUUGUCAAAGCAUUUCGCACCCGGGGACCAGGCCCUGCUCCCUCUCCCCCCCGCCCCGGUGCUGCUGCUGCUGCUGCUCCCCCGGCCGGCCUCCACGCUUCGUGCUUCUGCCCUGCAGCAGCCCCGACUGCAAACCCCCAUCCAGCCCCCCCUCGGCUCUGCUCAGGAGGUGGUGGGACGGGGGCAGCACCCGCUGGUGGCUCCUGGCUCCCCGCGGUGCCCCAGGGAGGUGAGCUCCGCGCCAGGACCCACCCGGGGAGGGCUGCAGGGCAGGGUAGAGAUGUUGUAUAUAUUUUACAGGCGGUUACAAACACUUUUUUUUUUUUUUAAACCUGCAUCCCUCAGCCUUCUGUUGUUCUUUUUGCCGUCACCCCAAGCAGGCAUCCAGCAGGGCCCUGGGAAGAAGGAGGGCAGGCAGAGGAAGAGGAGGAGGAGGAGGGACAGGGAGCCUGGGGGGGGCUCCGGCAGCCCUGGAGCUGGCAGGGACAGCUCGCUGGGAGCCCAGACACUUGCUCAGCACUCUGCACCCAGCCUGCCCCCCCCCCCCCCUGCCUCGUGCACAUUCCUCACGCUUUGUCCGGGGGCUUUGUGGGGUUUUGGCUGCAUUUUGUGGCUUCCCCUGCUGGGACACGGCCCCAGGGCACCCGCUGGCACUUUUUCCACACCACCGGGCUGCUCCGAUUAACCAGACCUUUCCCUCCCUCUGCUGCAUGAAGCCACCGCCUCAGCGCCCUCCUGCCGGGGCUCCCAGCACCGAGCCUUCAUCCUGCCGUCCUCCUCCUCGCUCAGCCCCCCCCCCGCUCCGGGCGCUUCUUACCCCCCUGUUCCUGCAGGCUCCGCGCUGGGAAUCGCGGCCAGGGCACGGGCGCAGCCUGGGGGGGCUCCUCCCUGGAGGCUGCUUCUGCUCAGCAUCGCCCAUGAGCCCCGAGCAGGGGAGAAGGGGGAGCCCCUGCACCACCAGCAGCGGGGCCCGAGGUUCGUUUUCUUCUUUAAAAAAAGAAAAAAAAAUGAGGAAAAAAAGCCAAGCUCGCGAGCCAGGGGUACCGGCGCUGGGCUCCCAGCGAGCACUGGGAGCAUCAGUCCACAACCCUGGGAUCUGUCGAGUCCUCAGUGCCUUCUUACACCCUGCCAACUAAAAAAAAAAAAAAAAAACAAAAAACCAAAAACCAAAAACCCACCCCCAAAGCACACACCGACGCUCGAGUCACUGACUACUCCGGAAAA